AUGUUGAGUUUGUUUCGGCCCGGAUCACGGAUCGUGAAUGUUGCCUCUAGGGCAGGCAGCCGAGCGCUGGAGCAGAUGAAUGCUGAGCGGCGCCACCGCCUCAUGAGCAAGUCUGCAACGCAGGAGGAUAUCGACAAAGUGGUCGAGGAGUUCAUCGCUGCAUGCGAAAAGCAAGAACUCACCGGUUGGCCCUCAUCGACUUACGGCCUUUCCAAAGCAGCUGUAAUUGCUCUGACGGCGCUGUUGGCCCGCAAGGCAGACAAAUGCCCAGAAGUCAGCAAAGGAGAAGGAAUGAUCAUCACCAGCUGCUGUCCGGGGUGGUGCAAAACGGAUAUGGCUGGCUGGGAGGCUCCUCCACUGACAGCCGCUGACGGGGGAAAUUUGGUGGGGUCGUUGGCGUUGGGGGCAACGAAAGAACACCACGGAAAAUUCGUAAACGAAGGAAAUAUCUUAGAUCUUCGUGAAGACUAA